AAUAAUUAUUUUUUUAAAGUCGACCAAAACACCAUACUUGCGAGAGAAACCAUUUUCAGAAGAUAACUUGAUAUUUAACUUCAAUCUGAGAUUAAUUCUUUCGUCGUUAUGGAGAAGAGAAGACGAGAAGAGGUGGAGACGGCGGAGGCAGCUCAACACCUGAUGCAGCUAAGCGACGAAGAGAUUAGUUUCAGAAUAAUCAAGAAGAAGAAAAUUGAAGAACUGUUCGGUGAAGAAGAUCAAGACGAAUGCACAAAAGAAAUGGUGAUCGUGAAGGUAGUGUCAUCGAAGAAGAGGAAGAAGUUUAGGACGCUCGAGAGCAUUUACAUGGCGACACGACCUAUUAGGGUCGUGAUAAGAUGAGAGGAAACAAACUCUCUUAUGUUCGAGAUUUUAGGGUUCUUUUAUCACAUUAUAAUGAUCUUCUUACAUGGAGGCGAGACCGAGACAUUUAUGAUCAUAUUUGAGAAUUUUGUAAAUAGUUCGAAGAAUAUGAAUGAAUGUUUAAUGAUUUUAAAGAAAUAAGCUUUUGUAUCGUACUAUGUAUAUGUCAUAUGAUAAUGUGUACUCGCACUGCCAAGUUAAACUUAUGUUAAGG